UAGAUUCAUUAUAAUAAAAAUGCGUAACUUUGCAGUGGCCAUGUUUUCAGCAUUUUUAGCGUUCACUUUCAGCUGUGUUGUUUAUCUUUCUGUUAAUUAUUACUUUGAAUUAAUACCUACUGCUGAUGAGGUUCAUCACAACUUCUGCCCAUUACCAGAUCCAAACUACGUACCCGUUGUGGGAAUUCUGACCCAGGACAACAUCUACGAGCCCAAAGGACAACAGAGUGGUCGUUACGUGUUAUGGGCCACGUAUGUGAAAUGGAUGGAACAAGCUGGUUUGAGAGUUGUACCUGUGUUGAUGGACCAGUCAGAUGACUAUUACAGAGAGGUUUACAAGAGGGUUAAUGGGCUGCUAAUACCAGGGGGCAACGUCAGUAUUGGAGUUGGCGACAGUUUCUAUGACACUGCAAACUUAUUUGUCAAAUGGUCGCAGAAGGAUUUCCAUGAAACAGGAAAAAUGUUCCCAAUCUUCGGAAUUUGUCUCGGAUUUCAAGCACUUCUUCGUAUUUUCAACCACGGAAUAGACCCUCUUACAACGACUAACGGAACCCAAGACGUGUCGAUGAUUUUAAAUUUCACUAAAACGGCAAAAUCAUCUGCAUUAUUUUCAGAAAUGCCAAUUUGGAUGUAUGAACAUCUUCAAAACAAAAACAGUACAGCUAAUUUUCACGUAAAUUCCACACUUGUUGGAACCUACGAAGAAUCGAAGCUACUCAAAGAUGCGUUUAAUAUCCUUUCGACAAAUAUGGACAUUAACGGGCAAGAGUUUUUGUCCACGAUAGAGCACAAAAAUAUGCCCAUAUAUGGUAUUCAAUGGCAUGUAGAAGCAAAUCAGUUUCGUCUUCCACCCAGCGAUAAAAUCGAUCAUUCAAUUGAAUCUGUUAAAGUUAUGCAAUUUAUUUCUAAUUUUUUCGCAGAGGAAAUGAAAAAAUCAUGCAACGUUUACGCUUCUGAGGAAUUCAUGAAGAAUCAAAUUUGGAACUACAAACUCACAAAUAAUCAAACACAGAAUCUACAAGAAUUUUAUUUCGAUUAAAAUCUUUAAUUUAGAUAUUUCAAAAUA